AUGGCAGCAGCAAUGCACAUUAUAUUGCAAAGGAGGAACGAACAAAGAAAGCCACCCCGCCCAAGGGUAUUCCGCGAUCGGUGCAAUCCAUUAGAUGGCCUCACGGAUGUGGAAUUUAUCGCGCGUUACAGGCUGCCUAAGGAAAGCAUUAUAGAUUUGCUUGAAAUGGUGAGAAAUGACAUCAGACGACCCACUUCUAGAAGUAACGCCAUUCCUGAAAUCACACAGAUGCUGAUAUUUCUCAGAUAUCUGGCUACAGGUGAUUUUCAGUCUGAAUGUGCAGACCUACAUGGGGUGUCCCAACCGACUGUUUCCAGGAUAAUUUCCACUGUUGUUUCUGCACUGGACGCACGUCUAAAGAACAUAAUAUUUCCAUCAACGAAUGAAGACAUCAUUUGCAUGAAAACCAAAUUCUUCAGUCUUGCCAAGUUCCCUGGCGUAAUUGGAGCUUUAGAUGGUACUUUGAUACCAAUCCUGGCGCCUAAGGAGGAUGAAUAUGCAUUUGUAUGUCGAAAGGGAUAUCAUGCAUUGAAUGUGCAGGGCGUUGUGGACACGAGUCUUAGAUUCACGAAUUUGGUGUGUAAAUGGCCCGGCUCGGUGCAUGCCAGCUUUAUAUUUAAUGAAUGUAAACUUCAUGAUGUUUUGCGAGAGGGAAACAUUGGUUGGCUGGUUGGAGAUUCCGGUUAUCCCCUGAAGAAGUUUUUGAUGACUCCAAAGCUGAAUCCUAAGACAGAAGCAGAAGAAAGAUACAAUAGAGCACACGCUCAGACCAGGGUUGUGGAUGAACGAGCGUUUGGUGUCCUGAAAUCUCGUUUCAGGUGUUUGCACAAGACUGGAGGAUGCUUACCAUUCAGCCCUGAAAAAUGUGUAAGGGUCAUUAGCGUUGCUGUUAAGCUGCAUAACUUGUGCAUUAGCAGGAAAAUCCCAUAUACAGCACCCGAGUGCAUCAGUACAACAGAGCAUGAAGAAGAGAACAUCGUGGUACAGGACAUCCAAGCAGAUCGUGGUGGGUCGCUUCAACGUCAAAGACUUAUUCAACUAUUUGCAUAA